AAAAGCUCGCGUCCUAUCUCGACAAGAGCGAACUGCGAGUGACUCGAACGGAAUUCAACGAUCUCUCCACCAAGGACUUCAAACUGCUCACGCGAGAAGGUGUGUUUUCAUACGAAUAUGUGGACAGCGUCGACAAAUUGUUGGAAACAAGUUUGCCACCGCGCGAGGCGUUUUACAGUUCGCUGACCGGUGAGACUGUGACGGAGAACGAGUACGCGCACGCGACGCACGUCUGGCAACAAUUCAACAUUGACAAUUUGGGAUUUUACAGCGACCUAUAUCUGAAGACAGACGUACUUUUGCUUGCCGAUGUGUUUGAAAACUUCCGUCGUGAAUGCCUCGCGAGUUACGGACUGGAUCCCGCGCACUACUACACGCUGCCGGGAUAUACAUGGGACGCUAUGUUGAAGCACACUCGUGUGACGUUCGAGCUGUUGACUGACAUCGACAUGGUGAUGUUCGUGGAACGCGGCAUACGCGGCGGUCUGAGUCAAUGUUCAAACAGAUACGCCCGCGCCAACAACAGUGUCAACCUUCUAUAUGGUAACUUUGCGUGGGUGGAGAACGCGUACGAGUUUGAUGUGACAACGGUAGCCGCCGACAGCAACGUUGGCUACAUACUCGAAGUCGAUCUAACGUAUCCGAAAGAACUGCACGACGCACACAGAGACCUGCCUUUUUGUUCGACGCGUGAGGAGCCGCCUGGUAAACAUGGAAAGAAUCACGUCAAACUGCUCGCCACAGUGUUCAACAAGAAGCAAUACGUGAUUCAUUACCUCAACCUGCAGCAGUGUCUGCGAUACGGGCUUCGCCUGACGCGAAUACAUCGAGUACUGCGGUUCUCGCAAUCGCCAUGGCUGCGCGGAUACAUCGAACUGAAUACCCGAUUCCGCGCGAACGCCACCAACGAGUUUGCAAAAAAUCUUUAUAAACUUAUGAACAAUGCGGUGUUCGGCAAGACAAUGGAAAACGUGCGCAAGUACACCGACGUACGACUCGUUACAAAAUGGGAAGGACGAUGCGGUGCGGAGGCGCUAAUUGCAAAACCAAACUUCCACAGCCGCAGCGUGUUCACUGAAGAUUUAGUAGCCAUAGAACUGCGUCGUCUGAAAGUUUUAUUCAACAAACCGUUGUACGUUGGCAUGUGCAUACUCGACAUAUCGAAGACCUGUCUGUAUGAAUUCCAUUACAACCACAUGGCACNGUUGUACGGUUACGACUGCAAGAUCCUCUACACCGAUACCGACAGUUUGAUAUACCACAUAAAGUGCGAGGAUGUGUACGAGGAUAUGAAGCGCGAUAUCGCUCGCUUCGAUACGAGCGACUAUCCAGCGGACAAUUCAUACAACAUGCCUCGCGCAAACAAGAAGGUACCGGGACUUAUGAAGGAUGAGAACAACGGAGCUGUUAUGACGGAGUUUGUGGGUUUGCGCACGAAGAUGUACGCGACUCGAAUGGGCGACAGCAAGUGCACGAAGAAAGUGAAAGGUGUGCAGAGAAGCGUCGUUGCGAGAAGGAUCACCUUCGACGACUACGUGCAAUGUUUGCGGAACGCAACCGAACUGACGCGACAGCAGUCGUGCAUACGAUCUCAGUUGCACGAGGUGUUCACCAUGUCGGAACGGAAGCUCGCUCUGAGUCCGCACGACGACAAGCG